AUGACGCCUCCUCUACAAGCACAGUGCAUAGACACCUCCUCCCCUCAGCUGGUCAUUCAGCGAUCACUAGGACAAUUUCUUCGUUCUGGCAGUGAGUGUGUAUGUGUCUGUACGUGUGCUCCUGUCAUGGCUGAGGGUGCCACUGAUGCAACGCCCUGCGGGUACCCGCGCACAUUUUCGGCUGAACUUAUACGUCAUUGCGAAGAUGGCUGUAUUCCACCCGAGGUGUUCGUUGACGCGCGCGUGUUGCUCGACGACGAACACCGGCGCCGCUAUGUCCGCAUUAAUCCAAGGUGCGAGGAGCGGGUACUGGACGUUGGGGCGGAAGUUGUUAUGCGACCGGAAACGGCGUUGCAGUCAGCGCUGAUGGACACAAGUACGUGGCUGUUUCCUGAAGAGGGGAAGGUGGCCGACACGCUGGAGGCCGCUGUGCGUGCAGGCACCACAACGACACCGUCGAAGGCUGCAGAUGGCGCUGGCAUCUCCCAAUGGGGAAUCCAUUGCACUUGCGGCACUGUUCCGCGCGCCAUUGUAUUACGUCUUGGGCUCGCUGGACUUACAGGCCUGCCCUUGGCGUCCGUCGAGCCAGUGGCGUGGCUGCCUUGCGGUGUGUUUGCCCUCCCGUGGUCCUACGCCAUGGGCGAUAGCCCUCUUUUUCACGACGGAACGCUCAUCGCGAUGGAUGCGGCGUCGAUAGCCGCGGUGGUGGCUCUGCAUCCGCGCAAGGGGGAUCGUGUUCUGGACUUGUGCUGCGCUCCUGGCAUGAAGCUGGGACUUUUGGCGGAUGCAGUGACAAGGGGCCACACAGGCGGCGCCUGCUCGCCGCUCUCCGCGGUGUCACCGCCGCUAAUAGACGGCAUCGCUGUCGGUGUGGAUGUGAAUCUCUCUCGUCUUUAUAUGGCUCGAUCCACACUGAAAAAGCAGCAGCAGCAGCCGAAGCACCAGGGGCACAGCACUACUGGCACUCAGCCAUCGCUUCCUGUGUGCUUGUUUGCCGGAGAUGGGUGUCGCUUCUCCUUGGGAAGCGCAGCGGCAGCGCUCAAUCUCACUGGAUCAGUCGUGAAUGUUGGCACGGGGCUGACAACAGAGGAAAAGCGGCGACUUCAGCGCCAGCACGACACAACAGCGAUAACAGCAAGAUGGAAUCGAAGGCGUUCAACCUUGAAAGAAGCCCUGUCUGCGGGGCCUCACGAGGCAGAGUCGAGUCCACCGCCGUAUGUCGUCUAUGCACCUAGCUACGCUCGCACCCUCCUGGCGACAUGGUUGCAGGAAAAGGCUUGCGGCUUGCAAACGACAGACUCAACCGCGCCACUGCCGCAGCCGCAGCCGUUGCUGUUUGACCGCGUUCUUGUGGAUGCAGAAUGCUCACAUGAUGGCUCUGUCGCCCACAUGCAGCUCGACGAGCAGCACGAGAGCACCACUGAUGCGGUCAACGACUCUGCGUCUGGUAAACACGUGGCGUGGUCGGCUGCAUCAACUAUCCAGAAAGGCCGAGGCGUUGACAACGAGUAUCGCAUGCAUCACAUGAACCUUGGCGUCUCAAGCGAUGGAGUGGAGUCAAACAGAGAAAAGGCGCCACUCGUAUCCUCACAGCCUCUUUCAAGCUUCCAUGCUGGCAGCAGCGAGCAGAGCACGGCAGAAGCUCCCCCCUCUUCAUCUGCCUCUCUCUUCGCUCUUCAGUCGGGGCUUCUAGACAAUGGCUAUCGACAACUUCGACCAGGUGGAACGCUCUUGUACGCCACUUGCUCCUACUCGUACCUACAGAACGAAUAUGUCGUGCGCCGAUUCUUGGAGCGUGCGAAUGCCGUCGCUGAGAAGGCUGAAGAAGGUGAUGCGGGCAGUACCCUCACGGGCUGCGACGCCCCGAGAAGAGUGAUGGCAGUUUUGGUACCGGCCUUCUCUUACGCGCAUGAGGAAGACGAGAAGAGUGUGUCGCGCGUUGCCGGCGACGACGGCGUCGCUGCCUGCAUACGUGUGGAUAGCGAAGCACAACGGCAUGAUGUGCAGCGACUUCUGGAUGCACACGCCUUCGACUACGGCACCGUGCAGAGAGGGCAUGCCAGGUACGUUUCUCUCGAAGGUCUGGACCGCAGCGUCUCUUCGGCGGACGAGCACGUCGCCUUGGGGAGUCGCUUCUGGCCUCGCAUCUUUCGGUCGAGUUUCCUCUACGUGGCAAAGAUAUGGAAGAAGCCCCUAGACGUCGCGGUAUCGGUGAAGGAUGGAAGCGGCGGCAUGGGGAAUGACAAGUAA